CUUCCAUUGUAUCAGAUAUCUGGCCCUGAUUAGCCCGACUCGCCCCUCGCUGUUCAGACAGAAGCAGCAGACUCGAACGAGAUCCAUCCAAAUCAAACAAAAGCCCUUGUUAUACAUUCUCGAUCUCGCAGGGGCGAUUUGGUAAUUUCGGGUCCUCCAUGAAUCAGGUGUCAGGUUUGACCAAACGGGGACAGGUCCACGUCGACGGCAACAACGCCGUAAGAGAUCUAACCAAUGAUUUAUCUCCACGUAGCCACGCCGUUAUUGUACCGUACUGUCGGAGGCGUCGGUCACACGCUAAAACGCGGAAGCGGUUCCGCCGUUGAAUCCAGAGCUGAGAUCCAUUUCCAUUUCCCAGCCUUCGCCCCCACCCCUCUUAUUCUCGUUCUCUGGAUGCUGGUUGGAGAACCGCCUGGUGACUCCUGGUCUCCCAGUCACCGCCACAUGUCUUCUCCCCCACGUCUCCUCUCCUCCUCUUUGUAGGGUUCCGUCGUCUUCGCCCCUCGAUACGCGAGGGAGUCGAGUAAAAUCGACGAAAGGGAUUUUGAGAGACCUUAGUUUUUUAAUUUUUUUUCUCCCAAGAAAUUCGGUUAUUAGAUCUCCAAUUUCUAAUUUCUUGUUAGAAUUAGACGACAAGGUCCAAUUUUUAGCCCUCCCGGCUCCCAAAAAUCGGAUUUUUAUUUCGAUUUCGAUCUCGUGUUUCUUGGGUCUUCAUCCAUUUGAGGUCAUGGCGACGGCGUCGUCGUACUGGUGCUACCGGUGUAGCCGCUUUGUGAGGGUGUGGCCGGAGGACGCCAUCGUCUGCCCCGACUGCGAGGGAGGGUUCCUCGAGGAGGUGGAGACCCCUCCACGCCUCGCUGCCUCCACGGCGGCGGAGACCCGCCACCGGCGGUUAACCGCCGGCGCCGCUGCCCCCAACCGCCACUCCGACAUGCGGAUCCGCCGCCACCGCCACGCCUCCGCUGGGGACCGCUCACCCUUCAACCCCGUCAUCGUCCUCCGCGGCCCCUCUGACGGCGGCGGCGGUUCCGAUUCUGAUCGCUCGGCUUCCGGCAGCUUCGAGUUCUUCUACGACGACGGGUCCGGCUCCGGCCUCCGGCCCUUGCCCUCCAGCAUGUCGGAGUUCCUGAUGGGGUCGGGUUUCGACCGCAUCCUGGACCAGCUGGCACAGAUCGAGAUGAACGGCGUAGGGGAUGGGCGCGGGUGCGAUCACCCGCCGGCGUCCAAGUCCGCUAUCGAGUCGAUGCCCACCAUCGAGAUUGUCGCCAGCCAUAUCAGCACCGACUCCCACUGUGCUGUCUGUAAGGAGCCGUUCGAGCUCGGUGCCGAGGCGCGGGAGAUGCCUUGCAAGCACAUCUACCAUCAAGAUUGCAUCUUGCCAUGGCUUUACCUUCGGAACUCGUGCCCUGUGUGCCGCCAUGCUCUGCCUUCGGAUGUACCUAGAAGGGGCUCGCCGGAAUUGGAUGGCAACGACCAAUCCCCCGUUCCUGCUAAUGAUGAUGAUAUGGUCGGGCUCACAAUUUGGAGGCUUCCGGGUGGUGGCUUUGCAGUUGGGAGGUUCUCAGGUGGAAGGCGAGGCGGGGAACGCGAGCUUCCUCUUGUUUACACGGAGAUGGAUGGUGGGUUCAAUGCGGGGGGUGCGCCGAGAAGGAUUUCCUGGCCCUCUCGAGGGACUCGGUCGCGGCAGAGUGGAGGAAUUCGCCGAGCAUUUCAAAAUUUCUUCUCAUUUUUUAGACGCAUGCGGCCUUCUUCUUCUUCUUCCAGGUCGAAUUCGGAUUCGGGGCCAUCAUCUUCGCAGAGAAGCCGGAGUGGCCCUCUUACAAUGAAUUCACGGAGGCGCCUCGGUUGGGCAUCGGAAGAUGUAAAUGGGAAUGCAAUAGCAAGGUGGUAAUGAAGACAUGGAGCAGAGCGGAAGAGCAUUUGUAAAAAGCUGAAGCUCGGUUAUGUUCUACUUCCAAUGUAAAUAAAAAAGCACUGGAAACAUUUGGCAGCUGUUCUUUGUGGAAGACAGGAAGAAGAUGUGUCCGGGAUGCACUUUGGAAAUUAAGGUUCAGGCCUCCAAGUACUAUGCUUCUUGCAAAUGUUAUGGAUCAGAGAUUCAUUGUUACUACUGUUCUUCUUUUUUUUUUUUUAAUGAUUUCCUUAAGUGUAAAAGUUGCCCCUUUUUCCAAGCUUAUGUUGGCCGUAUGAUCCAUCUUUCAUGUAUGAAACUUUUGAGUUACUGCAGUACUCUUCAUUAUACAUGGAGCAUCGGAGAUCUAUCUUGUCUGUCCAGCGUUGUUUUCAUGUCUCAAACUUCUGUUAUGAAUUUUGUUUUGUGGUGGUUUUACUUUAA